GACAGUUCUUGUCUCCUCUUCUCAUCAGAAAUGCCGGUUCCAAAAUGUGUUUUGAUGAUAUCCAACAGUUUGUCUCUCAUGAGAUCUCUCACUCUAAACAGAACACAUCAUCUUUACAUCUCUCUGUGGCUGUCUUAGAAGAAUUAUCCAAAGUGUUUAAUCCUGACAUUAAACACCUCUUAACAGACAAUGCUAAGUCACAACAUAAAUGGGCCUCUAGAGAUUACAGAAGUGGCCAUGUACUGCGUAAAUUAUUUCCAUGGACAAAUUCUUUAUUGAAGAACAUAGAAAUUGGCGUUGAAAAAUUAUUGGUCAUCGAUGGAGUGACACGACCAUGGUACAAAAUGGACAUUCUGGAAAUCUUUGAUUUAGGACCAAUAAUGUACCUGCAGAGCUGUAGUGAAAAGGAAGUGAAAUUCUAUCCAAUUAACAGCUGUUCAAAUCGAUGUUCUCCUCUUCCAUCAAUCAAACUUCAAGCAUCAGAUAUUGUAAUUUGGCAAUCAGCUCUCUGGGAACCUGAAUUCCACCCUGUGGCUGGCAGCAAAGAACUGAGCCUUGCGGUUCUGGCAGCUGCCAACUAAAAAAAGAAAACCAAAACCAAAGGAGGUGACAUCAUACAAUGACAUUUUUGGAUGACAUCAUUACAUACAGCCUUCAUCUCUUGCACAUUAUUUCUUAUUUCUUUAUUGCCCACAAGGGGCUAAACAUAGAGGGGAUAAACAAGGACAGACAAAGGGAUUAAGGCAAUUACAUCGACCCCAGUGCGUAACUGAUACUUAA